AUGAGCAGAACAAGCAGCCACGGGAGUGGAUCGAGCGAGGGAGAGGCGGGGCGGGCAGCAGUCAGAGAGCACACGGCAGUGCUCUGCAUGUUUCAAGACAUCAGCGCCCAGAAAGCCCUGGAGCAACACAUGGAGAACUACCGCAUGAUGGUAGAGCACUUUCCAGCCGGCGCGGUGCUCAUAUCCCACGCGGGCGAGGAGGGCGAAACCAUCCUCGUUAACAGCACUCUCGAGGCUAUGCUGGGCUGCGAAAAGGGCUCCAUUAACAGCGUCGACAAAUGGUUCACUACACUCUACGCGGAGAAAGCCCGCCGCGCGCGGCAACUCCACGAGGCGCGGCGCGUGUCUGGGAGCAGCAGGGAUGUGACGAACACGGUGCAGCAGAUUAAGAAGAAGGACGGGUCGAAGCUGGUGGUGGAUGUGACGACGUAUCAGUUUGACCUGGGGGAGAUGUGGCUCGUGAAUGACAUCACCGAGAGCCGCAAGAACCAGUUCAAGUUCCGCAUGCUCUUCGAGCUGUCCUCGGAUCCCAAGCUGCUGCUGAACCAGGACGGACGCGUGUUCGACUGCAACCAGUCCGCCAUUCGCAUUCUCAAGUGCGGCACAAAGGAGUCGCUCCUAGGCAAGACCCCCUGGGAGCUCUGCCGUCCGCAACAACCCUCAGGCCAGCGCUCCGCGUUCCUUAAGGCUGUUCUCGAAGAUCUCGCCGCCAGCAACAACGUCCCCGCGCCCGCAGGCUCCGCGGGAGUCCCGGGCGCGACGGUGCUAAGCGGCGCGUCCGCGGUGGGCGGGGAGAAGCGGUACCGAUUCGAUUGGCUGUUCGAGGAUGAGGAGGGGCAGGACGUACCGGUGGAGGUGCUAUGUAAGAUGGUGAAUUUCUUUGGCGAGCCGGUGUAUCUGAUGGUUUGGCACGACAUGGCGGAGGCGCGGAAACAGGAGGCGGAGCUGCGCCGCGCGAAAGCUGAGGCGGAGAAGGCGAGCAAGGCCAAGACGCAGUUUUUGGCGAAUAUGAGCCACGAGAUCCGCACGCCCAUGAACGGAAUCAUCGGCGUCGCUGAUCUGAUGCUCGCGACGCCGCUCUCGCCGGAGCAGUGCUCGCUGCUCGAAACCCUAAGAUCGUCGUCCGAGGGCCUGCUACACAUCCUCUCCGACAUCCUCGAUUUGAGCAAGAUCGAGAACGAGAAGAUGGUCCUCGAUUUUAGCAACUGGCGGUUGCGGGAGAACGUGAGCAACUGUGUCGCGCUGUUCCGCGGAUCCGCUACCGGGAAAAACAUCCGCAUCAAAGCGCGCGUCGAUAAGGACGUCCCUAUCGAGGUCUUCGGAGACUGCAUGCGCGUUCGUCAGGUGGUCACUAAUCUACUAAGCAACGCGAUUAAGUUCACGUCGGCGGGCGGACACGUGUCGGUGCGCGUCAGCCUCGUGGAUCCGCACGCUCCGGGCCGCGGAAAGCGGCGCGAGUCGUUCUCGAGUUUGGAGCCGCUAAGAGAAAACGCGGAUAUGGAUAAAGUGGUGGUACAGUUCGAAGUACGAGACACAGGCAUUGGGAUUCCCCCGCACGCGCAGAAGAACCUUUUCCAAGCCUUCAAUCAGGCUGACAACUCCACAUGUCGGAGGUUUGGAGGAACAGGCCUUGGCUUAGCGAUUUGCAGGGCGCUUGUCAACCUCAUGGGUGGCGAAAUCACCCUUAGAAGCGAAGAAGGAAAAGGAUCGUCCUUCACCUUCACUGUGUGCCUUGGGGUCACAGAAGCCGCUCCAAGUGACGUGGAGAGCGCAGCGGAGGAAAGCAUUGGCGAUGAGGAGAGCGAGGAAGAGGAGGUGGAGGGAGAGGAAGACGAGUAUGAGGAGGGCGAGGAAGAGGAGGAGUGGGAUGAGCUAGGCGAAGAGGAGGACGAAGAAGGGGUAGAGGAGAACAUGAACAUGGAAGGAGAGGAAGGAGAGGGAAGCAUGUCGGAGAGUGAAACAGACAACGAGGAGGAGCAUUGGGCAAGGCACUUGGUUCGGGCGGCAACCGAGAUCGCCAUUGGCCGGUCCCGGAAGUCUCGGUCUCGGAAGGGAGGGAACAAGGAAGAAGCAAGUACACACGGAGGCGGUGUGCUGAAACAACAUCACUCCAUGGAUUGCGACAGUGACGCUACGUUUGAGACGUCUCGGUCGCAAAUGACAACUCCUACCUCUUCCUCUUCUUCUCGGUCCAUCUGGUCUGCAGGGAGCCGGAGACUCAACCGCAGCCCGACCCCUCGGCACAAGAAGGCUCUGCGCCGGGCAGAUUCUAAGGAGAUUUUUCUGCCCAUUGCGGUGCCGGCCAAUACCAGCACCAGCAGCAGCACCAGAAGCGGCACUAGCAGCGGUGCAGUGGGUGCUUCUGAGUGUCAAUCCCGGAAUCCUAAUCCCUCAGCAGCAACACCAGCAGCUCCAGCCAUUCCUGCUUCACCCACCCUCACUUGGCCUCCCACCACCUCUGCCGCUGCUCCUGCUGACAAUGACUCGUCCUCUGCUGCUCCUACCCCUGCUGCCACUGCUUCUGCUGCUCCUACUGCUUCUGCUGCUCCUGCUGCUCCUAGUUAUCCGCCUCCCCCCAGCCCUGCCGCAAUCUCUGCGGUCCGAAGCCUGUUCAGCAAGUCUAAGAGCGAUAAUUACUUGCUGAAACCGAGUGCAACGGAGGGUAAAUUCCUCACCCGCAGCAAGAGUAAACCCAGGAAUCUAAACACUGCAGGGAGCAGCAGAGGGAGCCAAGACAGGAGUGCAGACAGCAAUAGCAGCAGCAACAAAAGCAACAGCAACGGCAGCGGCGACAGCAGCAGCAGCAGCAGCAGUAGAAGCAUCCAUAGGGCCAGGAGCACGAACAGCUUUACGGAGAGGAUUAGUGGCACUAACGGCAGCAGCAGCAGCAGUGUUCGCAGGAGCAGCAGCACAACUAACCUCAAAGAAAUGACCAACAACAAUACCAUCACCACCACCAGCAGCAGCAGCAGCAGCACGGGCAGAAACGGCAGCAAUGGUCGACGAGUGUCUAUCGCCAUAACCAAACCCUCCUCGUCCUUCAAAUCUCACUCAUUACAAGACUGCUCCGGCCCUCCCCCUCGGCGAUGCAAGACGCAGGAGCGACCCCCUCGCUCCCCUUGCUCCAAAUCAUCCCCAGCCAUCCCUCUCACUUCUCCCCUGUCCUCUGUGAAACGAACCGGCAGUGCCCACUCUCUCGUAAAUGCCGGAAAAGGAGGAGGGGGGCAUGGGGGGCACGGGGGGCACGGCUGUCACAAGAAAGUUUUCAUGGACGAGCUGCCCGAGAAGCUGCCCGAGUGUGUGAAGUCGUGGAAAGUUUUGGUUGCGGAGGACAACACGGUGAACCAGAUGGUGGUGACCCGCAUGCUGAAGAACCUUGGGAUUGCCACCGAGGUGGCCGAGAAUGGGUUGAAGGCGCUGCACGCGUGCGAGAGCAACCAUUACGACUUCAUUCUCAUGGACUGCCACAUGCCGGAGAUGGACGGGCUGGAAGCCACGCGGCAGAUUCGCAAUGCGGAGCAGCUGCUGCCCAGCCGGCCGCCUAAGUUCAUCGCAGCGCUCACUGCCAGCGCGUUUGACUUCGAGCGCGAGGCGUGCUUUGCUGCUGGCAUGAACCACUUUCUCACAAAGCCGAUUCGCCCGAAAGACCUGGAGGAUUUGGUGAUGAAGCUGGUGGAGAUGCGGAAGUGA